UAAAUAAAUAACGUUAUGUAUCAAUUGUCCGGUAACAAAAUAUUAGAUUAAAAUUGGCAAAAAGGCUAACAUGCUAACGGUUGUGCCGUUACAAAUGAGCUUCCGGUUGUAUUUUGGACACCUCUGAACCAAAGUAAAACCUCAUAAUCAAUGAUAUUUGACUAGAUAUUUGCGAUUUGAUUACCUUUGUGUUAUUUAAAGGUAAAUGUACUUUUAAUAUUCAAGCUUCGUGCGGGUGUAUUGAUGUCAUUAUUCACAACGUGAACGCCCGCGGACGUCACGCGUGUAGACUCUCCAGUUUAAAAGUCCACAGCGCCCUCUGCUGGCGAAGCGGCGUUACUGACCAAAAGUGGCUGUAUCCAUGGGAACCAGCUGCCACAAACUUAUUUUCUCGGCGAGCAAACAUGAGCAAAGACUCGGGUCGGCACGACAUGGCGCGUCUCCGGGUCGAACUGGAGCAGGAACGAGAAAUAAAAGACAUGUUGGAGGAGUCUGUGCGGGACUUGGGCUGCACCAUGAGGGAGCUGCAAGACCGGCUGCACGGUGUGGACCGGGAAGACAACGAGUGGAAGACCAGAUAUGAAACCCAGACCGAAGUCAACGCGCAGCUGCAGAGGCAAACCUCGCUGGUCCACGAACGACUGGAAGACCUGCGCGGCAAACCCAUGGACCGUCUGGCGUCUAUCCGAUCCUACGACGACAUGCCGACAGAGGCUCUGAGACAGCGCCUCAAGCUGCUGACGGACGAGAAGUCACAACUCCGCAGUCAGCUGAUGGACUAUCGGAUCAGGAUCGAGCAGGAGGGGAAGGCCUUCCAUAGGACCAACGACGAGAGGCGGGCCUACCUGUCUGAAAUUGCCAAGCUGUCCUCCACUGUGGAGGCCCAGAGGAGGCAGUACUCCAUGCCGCCACAGAGGGCGGCAGAGAGCCAACCCAGGGCGAAGCAGUGGAGCAGGAAGUGUGAAGGCGACGCCAAGAGAGGAAAAGGCAAAGAAAGCGAGGGAGGAGGGGGACAUGUGAAAGGAGGGGGAGGCACCAAAGCCCAGCAUGGAAGCAGGUUGCCCACCCUCAAGCAUCACGUGAAACACUAAAAACAAAAACCUGCUGCCCACUUUGCGCUUCCUACAUUUGCAACUUGCUGGCAGUCUUUUCCAAGUAAGAAGUCCUCCCAUGCAUGUUACAUGAGCAACCUCACGCCAACACAACACCAGCUGGUCCUCUCUGGACUCUGUACCUAAUGAAAUGUCCUCCAAGAACACAAUCCAAUCUGAUAGAAAUGUCCAUAAUGUGGAUAAAACACACAAGGACUGAUGUGUCCAGGGGUUCUUCACAUUUUUGACUCGGGCCUAACUUUUCCACUGUCGAGAGCCCUGUUAGUUGCAUUUUUUUUUGUCACCAUGACUAGGGAAGGUUGUCUGGAUCGGGUCAUAUAAGUAAAUGCUGUAUUGAUUAGGGUCAUCGAUCUGAUUUACUCACAUUGUCCAAAAGAGAUUAGUAUUAAUUAUGUCUGCCCUCAGUGAAUAAAAAUGUAUAAUAUCUCAUUA